AUGUUGACUCAAUCCCUACUUUAUGCGAGCUAUAGACAAUCAAAAGCGGACUAUUCCUUGUUUGUUAAAAACAUUAGCAACGAACUACACCGCGGUGCUCGUCACGUUGACGAUAUCAUUGUGGUCGGUAAUGACAAGUUGACCAUUCGGGGACUCACAUCAUUCCUCAAUCAUAGGUUCAAGCUUAAAAAUCUGGGUAAACUUAAGUAUUUCCUUGGACUUGAAGUUGUGCGCAGCCCCAAGGGAAUUUAUCUCAGUCAACGGAAGUACACAUUGGACAUACUCUCAGAAUGUGGUCUACUAGCAGCCAAGCCCGUGUCAUUUCCUAUGGAGCAGAAUUCACGGCUUGAUCCUGACACAGGUUCCCCAUUACCCGAUCCCUCUCAGUAUCGGCAGCUCAUUGGCCGUUUGCUUUAUCUCACCAUCACCCGGCCGGAUAUUGCCUACUGUGUGAAUAACUUGAGUCAGUUCAUGCAGCUCCCCCGCCAGCCACACAUGGAUGCAGCAAACCGAGUUCUUCGGUACCUUAAGUCUGCUCCGGGUACAUGCAUUUUAUUCUCCGCCUCUUCCAAUUUACGGCUUACAGCAUUUUGUGAUUCUGAUUGGGCAGCUUGCCCCACCACCAGGCGUUCUAUUACUGGCUACGUUACCUUUCUUGGCAAUAGUCUCAUCUCUUGGAAAUCCAAGAAACAAAGCACCAUUUCCCGGUCAUCAGCCGAGGCAGAAUAUCGUUCUAUGGCUACUGCCACUUGUGAAUUCAUCUGGUUACGUGCUCUUCUACAAGACCUUGGGGUACCACAAUCCAGUCCUAUGCAACUAUAUUGUGAUAAUCAGGCCGCCAUUCACAUCGUUGCCAACCCUGUCUAUCAUGAGCGUACCAAACAUAUAGAAAUUGACUGUCAUGUGGUCCGGGAACGUAUUCAAGAUGGCUCCAUCAGCACCUCUCACGUUGCAUCUUCCAUGCAACUUGCCGACAUUCUUACCAAACCACUUGGCGGCACUAUUUUUCACAGCCUUCUAUCCAAGAUGGGCGUUUUAGAUCUUCACGCUCCAUCUUGA